CUCCUCACAGCAGCUCUGUGCCACAGCCAUGGCCACGGACUGGCUGGGCAGCAUCGUCUCCAUUAACUGUGGAGAGAGUUUGGGAGUGUACCAGGGCAGAGUGUCUGCUGUGGAUCAGGUCAGCCAGACCAUCUCCCUCACACGGCCCUUCCACAACGGCGUCAAAUGCCUCGUGCCAGAAGUCACCUUCAGGGCAGGUGACAUCACUGAGCUGAAGAUCCUGGAGAUCCCGGGGCCGGGGGACAGCAGACAAUGCGGGGACUCCCAGCAGAUGGACACGGCCAUCCCGGGCGUGGGCUGCCAGGUGGGGCCCAGCCAGAACGGCACCGGCAAGGUGCUGAAGAAACCCAUGUCCAGCAGUGCCCCACAGAACAUCCCCAGGAGGACAGACAUGAAGAGCCAGGACAUUGUCAUCUCCCCACAGCAGCAGUGCUCCAAGAGCUACAUGGAUCGACACAUGGAAACGCUGAGCCAGUCCAAAGGAUUCCGCCGCAGGCACAAUUCCUGGUCAUCCAGCAGCCGCCACCCGAACCAGGUGACCCCGAAGAAGAGCGGCCUGAAGAACGGGCAGAUGAAGAGCAAGGAUGACGAGUGCUUUGGGGACGAUAUCGAGGAAAUCCCAGACACCGAUUUCGAUUUCGAGGGCAACCUGGCUCUCUUUGACAAGGCAGCUGUGUUUGAAGAGAUCGAGACUUACGAGAGGAGGAGCGGCACCCGCUCCCGAGGGACCCCCAACGAGAAACCCGCCCGCUACCGGCACGAUGAGAACAUCCUGGAGUCGGAGCCCAUCGUCUACAGGAGGAUUGUGGUACCCCAGAACCCUAACAAGGAAUUCUGCACGGACUCGGGGCUGGUGGUCCCCAGCGUGUCCUACGAGCUGCACAAGAAGCUGCUGGCGGUGGCCGAGAAGCACGGGCUGACCCUGGAGAGGAGGCUGGAGAUGACAGGGGUGUGUGCCAGCCAGAUGGCCCUGAGCCUCCUGGGGGGGCCCAACAGGCUGAACCCCAAGAACGUGCACCAGCGGCCCACGGUGGCGCUGCUCUGCGGCCCCCAUGUGAAGGGAGCCCAGGGCAUCAGCUGCGGCCGCCACCUCUCCAACCACGACGUCCACGUCAUCCUCUUCCUCCCCAACUUCGUCAAGAUGCUGGAAUCCAUCACCAACGAGCUGAACCUUUUCAGCAAGACACAAGGCCAGCAGGUGUCCAGCGUCAAAGACCUCCCAGACACUCCGGUUGACUUAGUGAUCAACUGCCUGGAUUGUCACGAAAAUGCCUUUCUGAGAGACCAGCCUUGGUACAAAGCAGUGGUGGACUGGGCCAACCAGAACCGGGCCCCCGUGCUGAGCAUAGACCCCCCCAUCAGCGAGAUGGAGCUGGGCAUCGACGCCAAGUGGUCGCUGGCCCUGGGGCUGCCGCUGCCGCUGGGCGAGCGCGCGGGCCGCGUCUACCUCUGUGACAUUGGCAUUCCCCAGAAGGUCUUUCAGGAGGUGGGCAUCAACUACCACUCACCCUUCGGCUGCAAAUUCGUCAUCCCCCUGCACUCCACUUAGAGCUGGUGCAGCCCCUGGCUCUGAAGGGAGAGAGGAGGAGCUCUGUGAAAAGCAAAAGCUGUGUGCUGGAUCCCGGCCGGUCGACUCUGGUGACGCCUUAAAAAAAAGGAUGUGAAGUUCUGGAGGGUUUGCCUUCUGGAAGAAACGUUGUGUAUUUAAAAAGAAAAAAAAUUGAAUAAUCGUAAAAUGAAAUGGAAAAAAAAAAACCCACAAAAAAAACCCAAACAAAAAAAAAGAAAAGGAGGAGGAGGAGGAGGAAGCGAAUCGUUUCUGCAAAGCCGUUUUCGUUCUCUUGUGCCAAGGGAUGAAGGAGCGUGCAGGACCAUGGUGUCUGUCCCCUGCUGCUGCCCAGCCCUGGCUGGCAUGUGGUACAAAUAAGGGUGGUUUGGAGCUUUGAGACGUGUUUCUGGUCCUUCUGGUUGGAUAUUGCCAGCAGGGACAUGCUGGGAACAGCCCCCCUCGAUUGUGUAGAAAUCCCUUGUGUCGAGGGAAAAUCUCGUUUGGUUCCCGUUUUGUUUUUGACUGCCCCAUCCCUGUUUUGUGUUCUGGAAGUGAGUUGUAGCUGCCUCUCCUUCCCAUGCCCUCACGGAGUGGGUUCCCUGUUUGGAAAGCUUGUGUCAGGAGCCAGAGGCUCGCACAUGCUCUGGGAACACUGCUGUCCUUCCUCAGCUAGGCCUUACUGCUUUUGUACUGUUGGCUUCUCUUUGUUCGCUUCGUGGCCAAAGCCCAGCUCUGUGGGGUGGAGGCCUGGUAUGGAAAAGAACUUUUCCAGGAUCCUCAUGGGGUUUGGGGUUGUGUUCUUUUGUUCUUUCUCUGUGCUGCUGCAGGGCCAGGGCAGCAGGGUUGCUCUGGGUGCGGCGUGGUGCGGGUGGUGUUUGGGGUAAGCUCCCCUGUCCUCCCCUGCUACAUUUGGUAUGGUUUGGGAAGUGGCUGACAGAUCUGUUCAUUCCCUUUGGAAUCAAAGCCUGUGGAUGGGGUGGGAGCUCCUGGUUUUUGGCAGGAGAGGGCGUGCUGGGAGCCGCUGUGCUCCUGGAGGGCUGUGGCAGAGGUGCUGGGAAGGAUUUCCAUCAGAAACCCGCUCUGGCCUCGGGCUGCUGUCCCGUGCCUGGCCAGAAACGUUGGAUGAUCCUUUCCCGUGUUCUUUCUGUCGGCCUGGGUGCAGUGCCCGGAACAGGCACAAGCUGAGGAAGCACCAGCUAGCUGGCUUUGGCAAUCAGCUUGGGCACCCACCGUGCUGGUUCCGUGUGCCCCCGGAGCCGAGCACCAGGAGGUGCUGCCAGGCCGAGCUGCUCCUCAGGAGGAGCUGGGAAUGUGAGCAGUGAUGGGAGCUCACACUUCACCCGUCCCCAGGGCUCCCGCAGGCUCCUACAGCUCGCACAGCCCCGCUCUGGCAUCGGGGAGAGCUCCAGGUGCUGCCUCUGGCCAGGGGAGCUGCACCCCUUGGGAGGCUGAAGCACAGGGACCAGUCUGGGGUGGCUCCAGUCCCAAUCCCCAGCCCCACUUGUGCCCCGAGCUGGAGCUUUAGUCAGGCACUCCUCUUUCCUUUCCUCUGUCAGAACAAAGGCCAGGGCUAUCAAAGGAGGAGGGAAGAGCCUUCCCUCUUGGAAAGAAGCAAUUACUGGGUCUAGCCUGGGAGCGUGGAGCGCCGGGAAGGGCCCAGGAGGCUGCAGAGCAGCGGGCUCAGCCUGUCCCCCUGCACGUUGCCGUAUCUACCUCAGCAGGAGCAGGGGCUGUGCCCUGGCUGGCUGCAGCCCUGGCUCCCUCAGCUGCUCUCGGACACUCGGCACUGCCGGCCUGGGGGGCUCUGCCCUCCGUCUUGGGGCCAGCUGCUGCGGCAGCACCGACCAGGCUGUGGUUCUGAGUGGCAUAGGACAGCAGUGUGGUGGUAUUCACAACACAAACACAAAGUUUCCCUCUGCCUGUUUUGGUUCUUCGGCUGUUUCCUCGGAUCUUUACCCGGGAGCAGCAGCGGGUUAAAAAGGUUGUUGCUGUAGUCGGUGUUAGCUUUAGUCCCCUUAUUUUCACUCUCUUUGCUCAAGACACUCAGUAGGAGACUUGCUGUUUCAAUUUCUGCUUUCUGCAGGUUUUUCCUGCCCUUUCUGGGUUUGGCUGUUGGAACUGUAGCUUGUACACACGGAGCAGGAGCAGGGAGAGUCCAGGGUUGCAGCUGCCCUGCCUGGAAGGCACUGGAGCAGGUGCUGGUGCUUUUGCAAGGAUGGAGCUCUGGGAAGCACCGAGGCCCUGGUUGUUGCCAGCCUUGAAACGGUUCCCCAGGUUGAACUGAAAAAUAAAGUGAAGAGUGUUGCACAAAGAGGAGGGUUCAGCCCCUGCUGUAAGGAACGGGAUUCCUGACCCCAAAUCCGUGCAGGGUUCAGGGCAUGGCAGGCAGUGGGGCUGUGCUCACUGGCUGCUGAAUUUGGGUAUUUGGCUGUACUUCCCUGCACAGGCAGGUGUUUCCUGGCUUCACAUACCUGGAAGGGGAGGUCUCAGUUCUGGAGCACUCAGAGACCCAGAACAAGGUCUGGGUGUUUUUGUGGCCGGCCCCCACGGUGCCAGAGUUCAUUCUGAGAAGGGAGCACUGUUGUAGCUGUGUUUGGGCUUGCUCCUACCCCCACCUGCCCCAGCAGCAGCACGGGAGCUGCCCCCGGGCGCUGCUCCGGGCCCGCUGUGGUGACAGGUGACAAUCGCUGCGCUGUGGCACUGCUUGGUGACCCCAUUUGUGACCUGAUGUUUGUAACGACCAAUUCCUGCCACUGCGGGGGACAAU